UGAAAGUGGGCGGGGCAUGUUUGACACUGCGCGCGGUCUUUGAAAGAAAAUGGCGGAGCUCCAGAGUGAAGAGAUCGAACCGUGUGAUGCCAGCAACAUCAAUACCAGGGUCUCAGAAGUGUCUCAUGGAGUCAAACGGUCUCAUGAUGACCGUAGCCACAUCUCCGGUCCUCCUCAGAAGUCACCUGCUCCUGCAGCGAUGCAGCUUUUAGGAGAGGAGGACUCGAAGAUGAGCUCUGCUGAGGACCGUACGAGGGAAAGUGUGACCGUUACUGCUCCAGAACGAAGCCCUCGCUCACGGAGGAAAUCCUGGAGGAGAUCUUCCAGAGGCAGACGCUCUCUGCCGGCCUUCUCCUGCUCCUCACAGCCUCUGUGUGAAACCGUCAGUCUGUCUUUACCUGAUAAUGAGAGGCUGGAGAUGCUAAUUAAAGCUGCUAUGCAGAGGACAGUGAAGAGGGCCAAAAAUAGUCUGUACACUGUUCCUGGUGUUGAUACAGAGACACUCCAGACUCAAGUUGAAUCUUUGCAUGAAGAGUGGGACGGUCUGGCUAAAGACAUCAGAAGAGAAACUCAGAAUUCACUUCCAACUGUUGAGAGUGACCCUGUUGUUAACAUGACCACUGCACGCGUUCAGGAGGACAUUAACAGGUUACAGGCUGAAAGUAUGUCAUGGGAGUCGCUAUUGAACAAACAUCGGAGCAAAGCUGCCGAAAUAGACAAAUGUGUGGAGCGGGGUGAAGAGAAGGGGGUGCCACUGGACCCAUCAUGCUUUGCAAAGUCCUCACAGAGUCGGCUCAUUCUGAACAAACCUGACUACAAGGCGGUACUCAUGGGACAGCAAAAACUACUCAGAAACAUGGAGCUAGUGAUGGACUCACAGUGUUGUAUAAUGAGGGAGCUGCUGUCUUUCCGUGAGAAAUCACAGCUGCUGCUAAAGGAGACCAGUGCCAGACUAGCUGCCAGGGCUGGAUUUCAGAAUCUCCCUUCGUCUCCAGUCAGACAGCUGAUAAAAGGACCCAUAUCUAGUGUUUCUUCCUAGUUUACAGUGCUGUAAUGAAUCCCAUAGUUUGCUGAGCUUCCACAGAAAAGUGCUAUGAUCUGAUAGGACCAUUUCGGUUAUGCAUUAUUACUUUUUACUCUAUCAUUUCUACUUUUAGCUGUAUCAAAAUACAUGUCCUUUUUAUAUUAACCAAUAAUUUGGAUAGAAAGUAUCUAAAUUCAUACUAAACGUCUGUAUGUCUGUCUUGUCCUAGAUUUAGUAAGAGGAAAGGUUCAGAAUGUGUACAUGAAGCGCAAAGAUGGACACUAGAUGGCAGACUAGUUAUUCACCUAGUUAUUCAAAGCCCUACUUUAACCUGUGUAGGUCUGUAUAAGGUUUUGUUUUUCACAAUUUUACAGAUUUCUGAAUAUAAUUAAAUGCCUUGACAUUUGCUUCAAACCUUUUUUUUUUUGUUAUGUAAAAAAGAAAGAUUUGAUUCCGUGUUUAGCCCCCAAAUGCUUUUAAACGGUCUUUAAAUUGUCCUGUAUGUCUAAUGGACUAAGAAUGAUAUUCAUUCAUCCAUCACUGGAUUUUUUUUCCCUUCUGCCUGAAUGGUAAAAUUGAAUAAACAGUCUGUGCUGGUGUCUUGUUUCCAGGACAAACAUCGCAAGCUAGUAUUUAUACGCUUUAAGUCAUCAAUAUUAGCUUAAAGAAAAGACACUGGCCUUUGGGCUUUAGUCAUGAGCUCUUUGAGGGCCUUUUAGCCAUCUAUUAUGUUUGCUCUUGUGCGUCCCGUGACCCCUUCCCCCACACGUCCAGCCCUUGUUCUCUAUUCACCAUCACACAGAGCUGCUGAGCAAGACGCAGGCUUAGAUUUUCCCAGUGAUUUCUCCACUUCACAUCCUCUCUGUUUAUCACAUUUCCAUGCCCACAAGA